GAAGAAAUUUACCCCAACAUCUUGCCUUGCCUUGUGUGUGCCACUGCAAUUACAGUUAGAGAGAGACAGAGAGAAAAAUAAAUAAAUAAAACACAGAAAAAAAGAAAAAGAAAAAAAUGAGAAAUCAAAUUAUUGACUGCCUUCUUGUCUGUCUGUACAAAGAGUCAAAGUGUAGGGGAACUGAGCAAAGGAGAGUGAGAGAUUCACAAAGAAAUUGUAGUAGGAGUAGUAGCAGUAGUACUUGUUUUCUAGGUUCCCAGAGCUGAAAACAGAACAAACAGAAUCACUCUGUGGUAGACAGAAAAAGAGAGUUGUUUUAGUGUAAAGACUUUUUCUUGAUUUUUCUUUUUUCUUGCUUUGUAGGGUUCAGCAAUGUUGGUUCAAGAACGUGCAACUCCAAAGUCCCCCAAAUCACCUAGAACAACACUGCCCACAGUCAAUCACCAUAACAAUUAUCGUUUCUCACCAUCAAAAUCUCUAGAUUUCUCAACUUGGUUCACUGAAAACCUUUACAAAAUUAUAAUCUGUUUCUUUCUCAUUGCUACUGUAGCCGCCGUUUUCUUUCUCAGAAACACCGGUGACACUGCUGCUUUUCUUUAUCUCCAAUCAAAGUCGCAACCCAUUGAAAAAACCUUGCCUUUUCCGCAUAUUAAUUGGAAUCAAAUCAAACCCAUUACUGAUAGCGCGUCCCCUUUCGUGAAUUUUCGCACAGAAAGAUGGAUCGUUGCUUCUGUAUCUGAUUAUCCAAGUGAUUCACUUAAAAAGCUUGUUAAAAUUAAAGGGUGGCAGUUGUUGGCAAUUGGAAAUUCAAAGACCCCGAAAGGUUGGGCUUUGAAGGGUUGUAUAUACCUGUCUUUAGAGCAACAAGCUAGUUUAGGGUUUAGGGUUGUGGAUUUUGUGCCAUUUGAUUCUUAUGUGAGAAAAAGUGUUGGGUAUUUGUUCGCUAUUCAACACGGUGCUAAGAAGAUUUUUGAUGCUGAUGAUCGUGGGGAGGUGAUUGGUGAUGAUUUAGGGAAGCAUUUUGAUGUUGAAUUGGUCGGGGAGGGUGCUAGACAAGAGACUAUAUUGCAGUAUAGUCAUGAGAAUGAGAAUAGGACUGUUGUUAAUCCUUAUAUUCAUUUUGGUCAAAGGUCUGUUUGGCCUAGAGGUUUGCCAUUAGAGAAUGUUGGUGAAAUUGGUCAUGAAGAGUUCUACACACAGGUUUUUGGUGGGAAACAGUUUAUACAACAAGGUAUAUCGAAUGGGUUGCCUGAUGUUGAUUCUGUUUUUUAUUUUACUAGGAAAUCUGGUUUAGAAAGUUUUGAUAUCAGGUUUGAUGAGCAUGCCCCAAAAGUUGCAUUGCCUCAAGGUAUAAUGGUGCCUCUUAAUUCCUUUAAUACAAUUUAUCAGUCUUCUGCCUUUUGGGGUUUGAUGCUUCCAGUUUCGGUUAGUACAAUGGCCUCUGAUGUAUUGAGGGGUUAUUGGGGGCAAAGGCUAUUAUGGGAGAUUGGUGGGUACGUUGUUGUUUAUCCACCUACUGUGCAUAGAUAUGAUAGGAUAGAGGCAUACCCAUUUUCGGAGGAGAAAGAUCUUCAUGUAAAUGUUGGGAGGUUGAUAAAGUUUUUGAUUGCUUGGAGAUCGACUAAGCAUAGGUUGUUCGAAAAGAUUUUGGAGUUGAGUUAUGCAAUGGCAGAGGAGGGCUUUUGGACUGAGCAGGAUGUGAAGUUUACUGCUGCAUGGCUUCAGGAUUUGAUUGCUGUUGGGUAUCAGCAGCCUAGAUUAAUGUCUCUGGAAUUGGAUAGGCCACGGGCAAGUAUUGGUCACGGGGAUCGAAGGGAAUUUAUUCCACGCAAGUUACCAUCUGUGCAUCUUGGAGUAGAGGAAAUAGGGACAGUGAAUUAUGAGAUUGGAAAUCUGAUUCGUUGGAGGAAGAAUUUUGGGAAUAUUGUGCUUAUUAUGUUCUGUACUGGGCCUGUGGAACGGACAGCUUUGGAAUGGAGAUUGCUUUAUGGGAGGAUCUUCAAAACUGUGGUUAUUUUGUCACAGCAGAAGAAUGAGGAUCUUGCUGUUGAAGAAGGCAAUUUGGAACAGUUAUACAGGCAUCUGCCCAAAAUAUUUGAUCGGUUUACUAGUGCAGAAGGCUUUUUAUUCCUUAAGGAUGACACUAUCCUUAAUUAUUGGAAUUUGCUUCAGGCAGACAAGAGUAAGCUGUGGAUUACUGACAAGGUAUCCAAAUCCUGGAGUACUGUGUCAACCAAUGGAAACUCAGAUUGGUAUGCAAAACAAGCAGAAAUGGUAAAACGUGUUGUUGGUUCAAUGCCUGUUCACUUCCAAGUCAAUUAUAAGGAUGCUAUGAAGAAUGAUCAGAGCAUAACGAUAUGCAGUUCCGAGAUAUUUUACAUUCCUCGUCACUUUGUACCUGACUUUGUAGAUCUUGUCAGCCUUGUGGGUGAUCAGGAAAUCCAUAACAACAUUGCAAUACCAAUGUUCUUUGUUUCAAUGGAUUCACCUCAGAAUUUUGACUCUGUGCUUAGUACAAUGGUUUAUAAGCGAAAGCCACCAUCUAAUAAUUCAACCCUUUAUAAUGCUCAAGCAUCUGCUGUUCACCCGUGGAAUGUGUCAAGUGAACAGGAUUUCAUAAAGCUGGUAAGAAUAAUGGCAGAAGGUGAUCCGCUCCUAAUGGAGUUAUUUUGAAGGUAAAGACCAUCUUUUCAUACUUACAGGAAUGACGAUAGAGACAAAGAAAGAAACUGUACCUUUUUGUAAUCUGUUAUACAAAAUUCUAUUGUUUUCCCAAUUUUUCCAGGGAGGGCUCUUCAUUUGUUUCUUUUCUCAAUUCCCUUUCUUUUUGUAAGUUCUCUUUUAAAUUUCUUUGUAGAUUUACCUUCUUGUAUUAUUCAUUUACUGGUUGAGAAUUUAUCCCAAUGAGAAAAUAUUGCAAUCUGUUUUCCUUUGUCAA